AUGGUCAGGAAUGAAACUAAGGUGGCCGUGUUCACGGCUCUAUCCACGGCAGCCUUUCUCCUCCUCCUGGGCCCAUUCACCUUUUUCAACGUGCAAAAGACAAAGUACCUGCAGAUCCUCACGACGCUAAUGAGGUGGAUCGCGUUCAUCAUGAUGAUCGUGCUGGCGAUCCUGCACAUUAGCAAGGGCGAGGCGCAGGGCCACCCGGCCAUCGGGACUCUGAGCGGCGUGCCGAACCUCUUCGGGGUGUGCAUCUACUCGUUCAUGUGCCAGCACUCGCUGCCGUCGCUGCUCACGCCCGUGUCCGACAAGCGGCGCCUGGGCUGCGUGACGCUCUCGGCCUACGCCCUGGUGCUGGCCUUCUACAGCCUGCUGGCGUUCACGGCCGUGUUCGCAUACCCCACGGGCGCGCUGCAGGACCUCUACACCCUCAACUUCCUGGCCGACCCCUCCGCGCCGAUCGGGGUCCGCUACUUCCUGGGCCUCUUCCCGGUGUUUACCAUCAGCACCAACUUUCCCAUUAUCGCCGUCACGCUCCGCAACAACCUGCGCUCCAUCUUCCUGCGCGACGGCACGACGUACCCCUGGCUGGUGGAGUGCGUGGUGUUCCCGCUGGCCGCCGUGCUGCCGCCCGUGGUCAUCGCCUUCCUCACGCACGACCUCGAGUGGCUGGUGGGCGUGACGGGCGCGUACGCCGGCACCGGCAUCCAGUACGUGACGCCCGCCUUCCUGGCCCUGUCCUCGCGCCGGCACGUGGCGGCCAUCCUGCCGGGCCGCGGCGGACAGAGCACCCACCUCUCGCCCUUUCGCCACCGCCUCUGGGCCUACUUCAUCCUGGGCUGGGCCGCCUCCUGCAUCGUGUUCGUCACGGCCAACAUCAUCAUCAACGACGGGCGGCGCUGAGCGGGCUGGGCGGGCCCGGCCGCCACCGAAAGGUGGUUGACGAAGAUAGGUUUAAGAGGCGAGGGGUGCAAUAUGGAGGAGGUGAUGGGAUAAAAUAGCACACACUUGUUUGCUGCGUUAGGGAAGAAAAUUUGUGAUGUUUUGUAGAUGGCUGCCUCUCGGUUUUUGUUGGGGGGGGGGGGGUUCCAUUUGAAGGUUUUCAGUGAUUUAGCAUCAAAAGGAAAUGUUCUUGCAACGCAGGGUGUGCGUGGGUAUAAUGUCGUUUGUAAAUUUCAGGUAAGAAAAGGCUUGUGCUAUGCACUUUGCAAUCAUUGGCCUUACUCAGCCUUGUUGUAAUGCGGAGGCGUCAGUGUGUCUCGUUUCACUUAAAAGUCAUCGGUGGAUACUUCAGUAGCUCCUCGAAACCAGUCACCAGUUCAGCUCCAUACACACUCGUGGUUGGUGAAACGUGCAAUUCUGCGUGUGAAAUUUCAACAAUUACGUCUGUGGUUGAUAUAUGUGUGUACGUGUGUGCACCUAUACACGAACGUGAUCGUAUUGAAAUAUUACACUUUCUUACAGGAUACAACGUGUCUCUCUGUCUGUCACCAAUGCAUGGCUUUGUAUAUUCAGAGACCACAUGUGGAUAACAAAAAGAUAAAUACUAUGGCCCCAUCUGAUGGGAUGUACCAGUGCCUUUGGAAAUAAAAUGCGUUCUGUAAAACGAAA